GCGCGCCACUAGUGUCUUUUCCUGGAGGUCAAAGGUAAAAACAAACAUGGCGUCUUCUAGGACAGCCACUGUGGUUUUAAAGACGGUGAAGAAGAUAGUAGUCCAGUUUUGUCCUUUUGAGUCCGACGUUCGGUCGACGCGGGAGUUCCUGUUCGCCGUGGCCUCAGACAAGGCCAGAUCCACAAACUUAAACUGCGAGGUGAUAUCCACAGUCAAACAUGACAGGUCGGAACCUGUCGUGGAUGUUACAUACGUGGAUGGAGAGAGGCUGGUGAUGAAGGGCGCCAAGCUGAGCAGCAAUGAGAUGCUGAACGCUUUUAAGGCCCGCUGCAUGGCCAAGGACCUUCAGGCCAAAGCUGCAGCCAAAUAAUGGUCAUGAUGUGGAUUUGACUUGUGUAUAUAUAUAUCUAGAUAUUUAUAAUAAAAUACUACAGAUGCAA